CGAGAAUUUACAAUUUCGGCUGCGCAACAUUUGUAGUGCGUAAGGAAUACUGAGGACUUUGACGGGGGUGGCAGGAACCAGGAACGGCGCCGCAUCGUAUUGCUGGGGCGCCUGGACAACCCUGCCGUGCUUGUACGCUGUGACGCAACAGUCGGGCCGUAUUUAUACCCCAGAGCGCUCCACGCCGCUACAUUCUACUUAGACCCAGCGGCCGGCAUAUCGCCUACGGCCCUACGCCUCCCAGCAGAGCGCGGCAGUCGCCCCGGCCCCCAAUCACCGGCAGCGCCCCCGUACGCCCGAGCACAGCCCUCGUGUGAAGUGCGCCAUGUCGUCGGACGCCGUCAGGGACAAUGAAGUGUAAGUGUACCCCGAGUACCGCUUACACUUACAAGAAUUACACUACCACACAUAUCGGAAGACCAGUUCGGAAAUUAGAGCUUGUCCCGGCUGAGGCGGUGCUAUGCAACGCUGGUGGGAGAUACCUGGAUGGAGAAAACAGCAAGCCGAUGUAAAUAUGUUGUGAGUACAGAGAAGAGUGGAGAUCUCCAUGUAUACGUACAGGGAGACCUGAGCCAACAAGGAAAACGCGCUGUUUUCUUAACAGUGCAUGAUCUUGGCUGCAAUCACACGUCAUUUCACGAUUUUGUCAAUCACCCCUGUAUGUGCGAAAUAAAGGAACGUUCUGUGUUCAUCCACAUUGAUGUUCCUGGUCACGAAGACAAUGCACCGAACUUGACAACUCCAUUUCCAACUCUUCAAGUUUUGGGAGAAGAUUUGGUCACCGUGUUGGAUUUCCUUCACGUCAAAUAUGUGAUUGGUCUUGGUGAAGGGGCGGGUGCAAACGUUUUAGCCCGUUUUGGCCUAGCCUAUCCCCAACGAGCUCUUGGACUCAUACUUAUUAAUUGCACUGGAAGUGCAGCAUCAGUCAUGGAUACUUUCAAAAGUAAGCAAUUGGUAAAUGACUCCAAUCCUGAUAAAGAGAAAGUUAUGCAAGAGUUCCAGUCUCGUCUGCGAGGGACGAUCAACAACAAGAAUCUUAAGUUAUACGUCAAUGCUUUUUUGGGGCGCAAAGACCUGCCCCUGAAAACCUGCAAAACUGAUGUGCUUCUCAUCACGGGUUUGCUCAGUUCAUACGCACAUGUUGUGGAGAAACUACAUCGUGAUAUGGACAAGACUAAAGCAACACUUCUCAAAAUUGAACGUGCUGGAGAUGUUUUACUUCAGGCUCCAUACAAAGUAGCCCAGAGCAUUCUGCUGUUCUGCAAAGGGCAAGGGUUGCUCACGUCCCUCACAUUGCCAGGAGUGGACAGACAGCGUGCCUUUUCCGGAGGAUCUUUCGAUGGUGAAGGAGGCCCUCGCCGCCUGUCCCGGGGCAUGAGCAUGGAAGAGUACGACAAACCCAACAUCAGGCGGCUCUCUAUCACCAUCAGCAAUGAUGGCGUGUCAAAUAAGCACAAUUAAGAUAGUUCCAUUUACUUUCUGAACACGUUUUGUCAUUCAGAUACAGCAUUCCAUCAAAACAGUGUCUGAGGCAAAAUAUCUAUAUUUAUAUCAGAAUGAUUUAGCUGAACUCCUAAAAUUCGAAUUUUAACAAAGACAUUAUUGCAUAUUCCAUAUUUUUAAGAACACAAAAUAUUAUUUUGUACCACUACAAAUACAUAUGAUAUGCGGGAAACACCUAAAAAUCAUCUGAUAUGUAAAAAUAUCAAAUUUUAUGUAAUUUUGUAAACCCCUCCUAGUACUCAUUAUCAAUUCCAAAAAGUCAGAAUCCGUACCAAAAUUCCAAAUGCAUUAACAACAAUCUCAAAACCUCUGAAAGUCUAUAAUUUAUAUUUUCUAUUGUUACUGGUGUAUGUACGCAAGUGUUACAUAAGUUACACUGCGUCGUAUUUAGGUCUAAAUGAUAUAGUGACACAAAAGUUGAUCUUUGUCAUUUUUGCACAAAAAAUCAACAUGCAUGUUUUAUUAUACAUAACAUGUAUUUGUAGUCAUAACACUAUAUACACACUUUAUAUACGUGGUUUUUAUUCAUUUGCAUUGUAUAUUAAUUUCACAAUAUGAAUGAUCUGUAUAUUAGUGUUAUUAUACCUUUAUGUAUUCACAAUGUUACAGUGAAAAUAAAGGAAAUGUAUUUCUCAAAAUUUAUUAAUUCAUAAAGAUUUAAUUCCAGGCAUUAAAAAACAUGUUGAAUACUUUGGACAAAGUACUGAUCUUUGUGACGUCGUUUUGGGGUGCCAGCUAGCUCAGCUGGCACCUUAUUUUAGGUCAAUGGAAUGGAGAGGUGUUGAAAAUGUAACAAAAACAUUUAUUUCAGUCAGAAUUUUAAACAUAGUUUUAAUUUACUCACUGAACAUUACAAUAAUGUGAAUUUCAAUGAGCUCAUUACCUGAGUUAAUAUCAAAAUGAAUUUAUAACUACGCUAUGAAAUUUAAGUCUAUAGAAAAUUAAAGGGCCAGAGCGCGGCCUCACAAAGUCAUAUAUAAAUUGUUAUUAAUUGCUCCUGUUCAUUCUGUAGUUACAAAGAGCCUUUUGUUUCUCUAAGUCGCUUGAAGAGCUGUUGAAACCUUUGAAUUGAAUUAACGCCUUAUUUUACGUGGCGAGUUUCAGGCCUCUUCCGUCUGACCACGCAAAUUUCGCUACGCUCCUAUCACCAACUAGCAGAGCAAGGAGGUAUUUCUUGGGACAGAAACAGG